AUCAUCUCAUUUUAAAUACUUGUUUAAUAAGCAGCUCAGAAUGAGACAAGACAAAUUGAAAGUAGACUUUGUUUGGAGGAAAUUACCUGAAAAUCCCCCAAAGAAGAACGCAAAUCUUUAAAUAUUGACUGCAAUAGAAUAAUUACACUAUUAUCAUUCUGGACAUAUAUGUGAUAGGACAAAAUGGCUUUCGCAAUUGGAAACGUUCGUUUGCAAGUAAAGGAGACGGGGCGUACAGUUACGGUACCAAAUGAUCCCAGAGCUAAGCUUAUGUAUUACCUAGAUUGCGUGUGUAAUGCUUUAGCACUGGACAGCUCGGACACUCAGAAUAUUGAACGACUGCGAGACUAUCAAAACUAUCGAUAUUUGAGUGAAGAACAAAAAAGUGAGCUCCUGAUAUUGUGUGCAAUGAUAUCUCCUGACGUGCUUCUGAACAAGGUUUUCUUCCAAAAUGAUGAAAUGUGUGGCGACAAAAGCAACAACUUCUUUGAAAUUGGAACCAUCUCAAACAGAAUGUUAGUCUCGAGAUCGAUCGUCAUUGGUGGUCAAACAAGAAAUAUCCGAAAAAUCAUGACCUUUAAAAUGGAUUGGUUAAGGACUUAUUACAUCACACCCAUGCAAGCCAUGGCGCGGGAAAUGGAAGAGGCGGAGGAGAGACGAAGGCGUGCAAUUGCUGCACGAAGACGAAAUGAUGACAGUUGCAUUAUUUUGUGAAGUAAUAUCAAUGCAAGGAGUAAAAUCACUACGUUGUGUGUAUAUACAUGUAAUUGCAAAAGGAACUACUAGAUCUGAUUUAACCUUUGUGAAUCCAAUAACGUUAAAUGUUGUGCUGUACAAAGCUUCUUUCAAGAUGUGUUUUGUUGAAUAACUCAUUUGAUUACUUUAUUUUUUAUUACAGUCUUUUUAUUAGGGGCCUACAGUA